AUGGUGAUGGCGACGCCGCCCGAGCCUGGGCCGGGGAUGGCGCCGCCGCUGAACCCCGGCACAGACCCAGGCCCCGCUCAGGACCACACCCCCCUUCCGUCCGCGGACCUGGCCCCUGUUUCCCUGUGGAAGAUCGCCGCCCCCCUGGCCCUGGCCCUGGCCGUCUGCAACAUGGACCGCAUCUGCCUCUCCGUGGCCAUGGUCCCGCUGGCCGCCGAGCUGCAGUGGGCCCCUGCACGCCAGGGUCUGGUGCAGUCCGCCUUCCUCUGGGGCUACAUGGCCACGCAGUUGCUGGGGGGCUGGGCGGCAGACAAGUAUGGAGGCAAGACGGUGCUGGGCUGGGGCAUCGCCUGGUUCUCCCUCUCCAGCCUGCUCCUCCCCUUGCUGGCGGUCACCCCCCUCACCCGCUCCCUGGGCCUUGUCCUCCCCGCCGUACUCCUCACCCGCUUCCUGGUGGGCCUGGGGGAGGGGGUGGCCAUGCCUGCCAUGAUCAGCCUGGUGGCCCAACGCGUCAGCCCCGCCCGCUCCAGCGCCGCGCUGGGCGCCGCCUAUACCGGCUUCCACUCCGGAAACCUGCUGGGCCUGGUGCUGUCGCCCUGGCUCAUCGCGCGCGGUGGCUGGCGCGCGCCCUUCCUCGCCUUUGGCGCGGCGGGGCUGCCCCUGCUGGCGGCCUGGGCCAUCGUCGUGCCGGGGAGGGCGAGCGGGGGCGCGCAGCGCGCACGGCGGGGGGCGGGAGCCGUGCGCGGCCACCGCUUGGCGGACCUGCUGGGCAAUAGCUCGGUGUGGGCCAUCAUCGUUGCCACCGUGGUCAACCACUGGGGUUACUUCAUCUACCUCAACUGGAUGCCCACCUACUUUUACCGGACGCUAGGGCUGGACCUCCGGUCCAGCAGCCUGCUGAGCAUGCUGCCAUGGGCGGCCAUGGCCGGCGGCGCCUCCCUGGCCGGCGGCCUGGCCGAGAUGCUCUUGGCGCGCGGCUGGCCCCGGCGGCGCAUGCGCUGCGGCAUCCAGAGCCUGGCCUUCCUGGGACCCCUGGUCGCGCUGGCGGUGCUGGCGGGGGGUGGGAGCCGGCUGAGCAUCCCGGUGGCGGUGGGGGCGAUGACCGCCGCGCUAGGCAUCACCUCCCUGGGGCAGGCCGGGUUCGUGGGGGCGGUGGGGGACGUGGCGCCGGCAGCCGCGGGGAAGCUGUUUGGCCUGUGCAACACCUUUGGGACCCUGGCGGGGGUGGCCGGUGUCCAAGUGGCUGGCAUCGUAGCGGAGAAGACUGGGUCCUUCACCCUUGUGUUCCAGAUCACGGGCGCCCUCUACAUCCUGGGCACGCUGGUGUUCAACACCUGGCUGAAUCCUGAGCCUCAGUUUGCUUGA